GUGUUUUGUGACUAGAUGGCUCAAGCGUCCCAGAUCCGUAGUGACAGUAAUAUUUUGCCAUGGCCUGGUCAGACACCACAUACGUUGGAUGUGCGGUUUUGCAAUCGUACUCAGAAAAAUGGAAUAAAUUCUUCGUGGUGUGCAACUACGGCCCUGGUGGUAACUACAUCGGAAGAGCUCCCUACAAGUCUGGAUCACCGAGUGGAAAAUUGUUGUGCACCACAAAUAAUUGCAAUAAGCCGUACGGUGAUAUUUGUUAAUUCGUAUAAUUAUUAUAAUUUACAUUGUAUAAAAUAUUUAGAUGACUUUACUAGUACUAUGUAUUUAUGCUGCUUAAUUUCUGUAAAAGACAUUUAUAAUUCUAACUAUCCUUUGGUAACUAUAAACACUAGUACAUUUCAAAAGAUUCAAAUUAAAAAGAAAACAUGUGUUACAUACGUCAUAGCUAUUCGUAAAUUAUAGGUAAUGUGUGAUUAAGUUCGUCAGGAAAUCGAUUUUGAAUUAGUAGUAACAUGAUAUCUUAAAAGUUUCAAUCCUUUUAGAUUAGUUAUAUUAAAUCGAACUAAACAAAAUUUAUGUAAGUCAAAAGAUUAUUUAGCCAAAAAGAUGCUUUUAGUUGUAUAUUUUGAGAAUAUAUUAAGAUAUCUCUUGUGCCAAUUUAAUUUUUAAUUGCAUUUAUGUUAUAGUUUUUGGUAUAUUAUUUUUGACAUAUCUACAUUUAAAUGACGUCUUAUUUAAUGAUAAUUAUAGAGUUUAUGAGCGAACAAAUUAGUCAACCUAAAUAUUUAAAUAAGAAAAAUGUUAAAUUAAAAUAUAAUUGCAACAACAAAUUUGCAGACAUAAAAAUAUUAUUAUAAGUACAAGUAUGUGACUGAUAUUUUAGUUUAGAUGUUAAUAAAGUGAUAGUUAUUAUAA